AUGAUCCCCCUAAUAAUCAACAACACCGACACCCUCGACCCUUCCUCCACAAACCAAACGCCCACAUACCAAGGCGCCACCCCCUCUCACACUCUCGACGCCAUCUCCUCCGCCGCCGCUGCCUUCCCCUCCUGGUCUUGCACCGCACCCUCCCACCGCCGCGACCUCCUGCGCGCCGUCGCAAGACUCCUCCACGAGCGCGGCGAUGAGCUCACCGCGACCAUGCAGGCUGAAAUGCACGCGCCAGAGGUGUGGGCGAGGGCGAAUGUGCAGUUUGGUAUAGGUCUGCUGGAGGAGACUGCGGGAUUGAUUUCGGAUGCGAUGAUGGGGGGGAUUCCCGUUUCGCAGGGCGAGAGUUAUGCGAUGGUGUUAAAGCAGCCGAUGGGGGUGGUGCUGGGGAUUGCGCCGUGGAAUGCGCCAGUGAUAUUGGGGCUCAGGGCUGUUGUUGCGCCGUUGGCGGCUGGUAACACGGUCAUCUUCAGGGGCGCCGAUCUAAGCCCCAAAUCGCACUACCUCCUCGCCUCCCUUUUCCGCGAUGCAGGCUUCCCACCCGGCGUGCUGAACUUCCUCCUCAACCGCCCCGAAGACGCCCCCGAGCUCUACGAACUCACAAUCAACCACCCGUCCGUGCGCAAGUGCAACUUCACCGGUUCCACGCAGGUAGGCCGGAUCAUCGCCUCCAAGGCCGCGUACGCACUUAAACCCGUGCUCCUCGAACUAGGCGGGAAGAACUUCGCGCUGGUUCUCGACGACGCGCGAAUCGAAGAAGCCGCCGAGGAAAUCGUCAAGGGCACAUUCCUGAACAACGGCCAAAUCUGCAUGUCCACAGACCUAGUCUACGUAACCGAAGCCACCGCGCCGAAACUCGAAGCUGCGCUUCUCAACCGCUUGCACAAAAUGACCGAUAAACCACGCCUGAUCUCAUGCGCCAGCAAAUCAAAACUAACAUUCCUUCUCGAAGACGCGCGCAUCAACGGUGCAACAAUCCACCACCCCCCAUCUUUCCCCUCCCCCACCGAAGACCAAAACGACGCUACCUUCCCCCCAACCCUCCUCACAAACCUCGCUCCGUCUUCGGCAUUCCACACCACCGAGUCCUUCGGCCCGUUAGUCGGCAUCGUCCGCACCCCGGAUCUCUCCACGGCAAUGGACCUAAUCACAAACUCGACCUACGGUCUCUCCGCGUCAAUCUUCACAUCUUCACAUUUCACAGCGCUGAAACUCGCUGAGAAGAUGCGAGUCGGUGCCGUACAUGUAAAUGGGAUGACGGUGCAUGAUGAGCCGACGUUGCCACAUGGGGGCGUUGGAGAGAGCGGGUUUGGGCGGUUCGGGGGGAAGUGGGGGGUGGAGGAGUUUUUGGAGGUUAGGACUGUUAUUUUGAAUCCGUAG